CGAGAGGGAGAAACUCGUCGUUAAGUAUCAUUGUUGACAUGGGUUACGCGCUCUCGUCUUGAGUGAGUUGUGUCAUUUUUCAACGUUAAUACAACCCUCUAUUUCCGUAUAAAUAAGUGAUUAUUUCAUCAACAUGACGGAGGUGGAAGAAAACGCAACUAUAGAACCGGUUAAGGAGGAGCCCGCCGCUCCAAAUACCUACACGAUCCGUCCAAAUUUCCUGAAGAAAUUUCGCUCUGCUGCAGUCAAGGCAGUGAUCCACACAGUACUCAACGAGGAGCUAACAGACAAGCAGUACAGUGCAGAGGAGACGACUGCCUGGUGUAAGCAAAUCAGUGAGAAGAUUAAGGAAAGGUUAAAAGAACUCGAAUUAGACCGCUACAAGUUCAUCAUCCAAGUCGUGAUAGGAGAACAGAGAGGUGAAGGAGUCAAGAUGGGCUGUAGAUGCUUCUGGGACUCCGAUACUGACAACUAUGCACAGGAUAUUUACAUGAGCGACUCUCUGUUUUGUGUAGCGGCUGCAUUUGGAGUCUUCUACUACUAGGCCAAUGUGCAAGAUCACA